UCGGGUUAUUUCAACAAUGAUAUCACGGGAGUUGGAGUUGUCAUCAAUUACAUUGUCGGUGCUGGCAUCGCGGUUGUUAUCACUAUCAUAUACUAUUUCUUCGUGUACCAACCAUCGCAAGACCCAUAUGGAAGGACCGAUGAAAAUGCCCCGGCAUUUAAUGCGAACCCAGUAGAUGAGUUAUUCCUGACAUGGCUACGGCGAUGGCCGAAACGUCUCCUCACCCAUUUCAGACCUUGCUGGGGGGAAACUCGAAUCAGCAAUCGACUUGAAAGAAUAUUUGUUAAGUGUCUUUUGGCAAUGAGCGAUUUUCAGCUCGUGACAGGCUUCUCUAUCCUGAUCAGUGGAGCUUCACAGCUUCGAUGCGGCCUCACAACCCUUUAUUGGGUUUUCAUCAUGGAAUUAGCCUGGCUUUCCUGUUUCACUCACUUAGUCUGUCUGACACUUCUACGAAAAUACCUUUAUCAUCAUGCCUCAGAGCGCCUAUGGCGAUUGAUCGCGAUGGGCACUUUAGUAGUCUUUGUCGUCACUGGGUUGUUUUGCGAACUCACAUUUUACUCCAACUACAACUACGACGACUCAGAUGCCGCUAUUUGCUAUAUUGGAUUGCCUAUACUAGGUUCUCGUUUUUCAUCUGAUGCCUGGGCGGUUUUAAUAAGUGCACUGGUGAUUAUGCUUGGGUUCGUCGCUCGAGUUGUCAAAUUGCAUAGACCCAUCUCCAAUGCAUUCGACCGGACUAGGUCAUGGCUUAGUCUUCGAGGACGGAAAGUUCUGAGUUUCAUCUAUGAACAGUAUCGCGAAGAUUGCAGACCACAAACUCUUCGGCUUUCACUCUUGUAUCGACCGCUGCUCGCCGCAUUUCUGACCGCACGAUUUCUUCUCGAUACGUUGACCUCGGUCUUUUGUGAAGUGGCUUGGUUGUGUGCUGCAUUUUCGUGGGGCGUGUCAAACGUUGUGCGGACAUUUGACUCGUUAUCCCGAGAGACGAGUAAUUCUGUUGUUGAAUCAAGAAUGAGCGACUGGACAUUUGGGCAAGUCAUAUCGGUUGUGUUACUGGCCGCGCCGCUUCUAGCCAUCAUUGAGUACUUCAGUUCAGGUAAGUCUGAAGUGAGGACAACCAUUGAAUCUUUCCUAAUAGUCAAUCCAUCUUCUAUAAAUCAGACUCCGACCAAGAUGGAAAGCCAGCGAUGA